AAACACGAUGAAGACAACGGGCCCUUGUCACUUUCUGUGUGAGCCAAAGAUAGGAACUGCAUUGAUCCUCCUGGCAUCUGAAGCAGCUGGGAACAUCAGCCAAGCCUGGGGACUCUACAGAUAAACAGUGCGUGGGGGUGCGGGGCUGGGCAGCUCUGAUUCUUGCUGACCCACUAGACUUUUUUUUCCCCUCCUCCUUAGCAGAGCUUUCAAAUCCCCUAGAUAAUUGACUGGCCGCUGCUGAAUGGAACAGACGGAGAGCUGGGAUAAUAAAACUCCUGACAUCACCCUUCCAGAGAGUUCAGCGGGGGAGGCGAGGCCUGGAUGGCAGUGGGUAUAAAAAGCCGUGGCACAUCAGUCCUUGAAGAACUCUGCUGCACAUAAAUUCUUACUCUUCUCCCAGAUAAACACAGAUGGAUAUCGCCAUUCACCAUCCCUUGAUCCGCAGACCCCUGUUUUCCUUCUUGACACCAACACGAAUCUUUGACCAGAGCUUCGGAGAGCAUCUCUCAGAGUCUGAGCUGUUCUCUACCUCGGGUGCUCUCAGCCCUUUCCUGCUGAGAUCCCCCUUCCUAAGGACACCCAGCUGGCUAGAGACUGGAUUCUCAGAGAUGCGACUGGAGAAGGACAAGUUUUCCGUAAAUGUUGACGUGAAGCAUUUCUCUCCCGAGGAACUAAAAGUCAAGGUGUUGGGGGAUGUGAUCGAGGUCCAUGGAAAACACGAGGAGCGCCAGGAUGAGCAUGGCUCCAUUGCCAGGGAGUUCAACAGGAAAUACAGGAUCCCAGCAGAUGUGGAUCCUCUGUCCAUCACCUCAUCCCUGUCUUCGGAUGGAGUCCUGACAGUGAAUGGACCAAGGAAACAAACCGAUGUUCCCGAGCGCACCAUUCCCAUCACCCGCGAGGAGAAAUCUGCCAUCGCAGGGGCCCAGAGGAAGUAGGAAGCUGUUUGAAACCGACUUUUCCAUCCAGGAAAACCUUUCCAUUGGAUGCAAGCAGCGUAUGCUGUACUGACUGGCCAUACUUAUUUAUUUAUGCUAAAGAAAGAGAACAAGCUCAUUUGCUAACAAA